AUGUUCCAACACUUAGUUUUCCAGCAUCCAGUGUUCCUAAUACUCAGUGUUCCAAUACGCAGUUUUCCAACUCUUAGUGUUCCAACACCAUGUAUUCCAACUCAGAAUGUUCCAAUGCCCAGUGUUCCAUCUCAGAAUGUUCCAUUAGCCACUGUUCAAACACCCAGUAUUCGGAUAUCCAGUGUUCUAAUACCUUGUAUUCCAAUACCCAGCGUUCCAACACCCUCUGUUCAAAUAUUUAAUGUUUCAACACCUAAUGUUCCACUAUUCAAUGUUCUCACAACCAGUGGUCCAACACCCAGUGUUCCAACCUCCAAAGUUCCAAAACCCAAUGCUCGAAAUACCCAGUAUUCCAACACCCAGUGUUCCAACACCCAGUAUUCCAACACCCAGUGUUCCAACACCCAGUGUUCUAAUACCCAGUGUUCCAAUACCCAGUAUUCCAACACCCAGUGUUCCAACACCCAGUGUUCUAAUACCCAGUGUUUCAACACCAGUGUUCUAAUACCCAGUGUUCCAACACCUGGUAUUCCAAAACUUAGUGCUCCAUCAUCCAGUGUUCCAACACUCAGUAUUACAACACCCAGUAUUCCAACUCCCAGUGUUCCAAUACCCAGUGUUACAACACUUAGUGCUCUAUCACCCAGUGUUCCAACACUUAAUGCUCCAUUACCCAGUGUUUCAAUACCUAGUAAUCCAACACCGAGUGUUCCAACACCAAGUGUUCCAACACCAAGUGUUCCAUCACCCAGUGUUCCAACACCCAGUGUUCCAUCACUUAGUGCUCCAUCACCCAGUGUUCCAACACCCAGUGCUCCAUCACCCUAUGCUCCAAGACCCAGUGUUUCAACACCAAAUGUUCCAACACUCAAUGUUCCAACAUUCAUUGUUCCAAAGCCCAGUUUUCCAACAGUCAGUAUUCUAACACCACGUGUUCCAGCACUCAGUGUUCUGACACACAAAGAUCCAACACUCACUAUUUCAAUACCCAGUGAUCGAAUACCCAGUGAUCCAAAAAUCAGUGUUUUAAAACUCAAUGCUCCAAACCCAACUAUUCCAAUGAUCAAUGUUCCAAUACCUAAUGUUUUAACACCCCAAAUUUACAACAUGCAAUGUUCUGACAUUCAUGGUUCCAACACCCAAUGGUCCAACACUCAAUGUUCCAACACCCAGUGUUCCACAACCCAAUGUUCCAACACCCAGUGUUCCACAACCCAAUGUUCCAACACCCAGUGUUCCACAACCCAAUGUUCCAACACCCAGUGUUCCACAACCCAAUGUUCCAACACCCAGUGGUUCAACACUCAGUGUUCCAAUACCCAACGUUCUAACACCCAGUGUUCCAACACCCAGUGUUAUAACACCCAGUGUUAUAACACCCAGUGGUCUACCAUUCAGUGUUCCAAUACCCAACGUUACAACACCCAGUGUUCCAAAACCCAAUGUUCCAACACACAAUGUUCAAAUUGGUUCAAACACCCAACACCUAGUGUUCCAACAUUUAGCAGCAGUCUGUUGAUUUAA